CCCGGGGGUCGUUGAUACGCUAUCAGUGGGUGAUAUAGACGCGUCUGAGUUCUCAGGACGCAUUGUAACUGGCCAGCUGCAGGCUGACGGACGUGUUGUUUAUGAAUAAAAUUUUACAACUAGAGUUUGCAGUUUGCUGUAAUAAGUGGAGACCCGAAUUUGGUAUUCAAGAUGCUGGUUGUAUGGCUGUUUUCACUAUUAUCUACUGCAUACGCGUUGGACAAUGGAUUGGCGUUGACCCCACCCAUGGGCUGGCUGACCUGGGAAAGGUUUAGAUGUAUCACUGACUGCAAGAAGUACCCGAAUGAGUGCAUAAGCGAAGACCUAAUCAAAAGAACAGCAGACUUGAUGGUGAGCGAUGGUUAUCUGGACGCGGGAUAUGAAUAUCUGGGUAUCGAUGAUUGUUGGCUCGAGAAGACUCGUGGCGAGGAUGGACGCAUGGUGCCAGACAAGAACCGCUUUCCUAGCGGAAUGAAAGCACUUUCUGAUUACAUUCACGCCAAAGGCCUGAAGUUCGGCAUGUACGAAGACUAUGGUAACAAGACUUGCGCAGGCUAUCCUGGCGUGCUGGGCAAUGAGAAAAUUGACAUCGACACGUUUGUCGAGUGGGAGAUUGAUUACCUCAAGCUGGACGGCUGUUACAUCGACCCCAAGGCUAUGGAUGAAGGAUAUCCUAACUUCGGCAAAUUGUUGAAUGCUACGGGCCGUCCAAUUCUGUACUCGUGCAGUUGGCCGGCUUAUCAAGAGGAUAAAAGUAUGCGGCCCAAUUACGGUUCCAUCGCGGAGCACUGCAACUUAUGGCGUAACUGGGAUGACAUCGAGGACUCGUGGGCGUCUCUUACCAAGAUCAUGAACUGGUUCGGAGACAAUCAGGACAGGAUGGCGUCACAUGCUGGGCCUGGUCAUUGGAACGAUCCUGAUAUGUUAUUGAUCGGCAACUUCGGUCUCUCUGUAGACCAGGCGCGGGUCCAGAUGGCCGUGUGGGCGGUGUUGGCUGCGCCAUUACUGAUGAGAAGCGUGGACCUCGCCACCAUCCGCCCUGAGUUUAAGGAGAUCCUACUUAAUAAGGACAUCAUAGCCGUCAACCAAGAUGAGUUAGGAAAACAGGGUUUGAGAGUGUGGCAGAAGAAAGAUUAUGGAUUA